AGUUUUAUUGAUGAGGCUUCAUGUAGAGCUGAGCAUACUAUAUCAACCUGUGAAGAAGAAGAAAAACUAUACAGCUAGCACUGGUAGUAGUCCUGAUUUUUCAACUCUUAAGCAGCCUCUCAGCAUGAUAUCUUUCGGAAUGGAAGUAGCCUCUAGAUAUAUCCUUGAAGACCCUCUAUAUGCUUUACCCAUUCAAAAAAUCUUCAAGGGUUGAAGUUAUUUCUUUGAUUAGUCGCACCAUACAUUUGCAGGCUUUUUCAGAAAAUUGACAAGAAUAGAGAUAACUAUAUUUCCGUUGGUGAACUGAGAGCAAUAUUCUUGGGAAUACAAAUAGAAUUAGGCCAUUUGAAUGAGGAUGAAUUUGGAGCAAAGGUGAUGCAGGAGUUUGACAUCUUUCGUGAUCAUCGUAUGAAUGAGACUGAAUUCAUCGAAGGAAUCUCAAAAUGGCUUGUUCUGUCUCGUCACCCUGCUGACGAAAAAGACCAUGACAGGCCCAGGUUUUUUAACACAAGUUCAAAGCAAUCCAGAUCAGAGCAGCAGAGUCUAUUGACCCAGAAACAGGAGAUCAGUACGACAACUCAAAAAAAUUGGUUGAAUUACGUUAAGGCAGCUCUUCUAUUGCUUGUAGGAACUGCUAUCUCGGCUCUGCUUGGACUGCCACUUAUGCAAACUCUCCAAGAGUUCUCUAGUGAUGUGAACAUCCCCUCAUUCUUGGUGACAUAUGUUGUGGUGCCACUGGCUUUGAACAUCAGACAGGCACUCGCAACAAUUACCUCUGCCAGAGAGAAGACGGAAAAAGCUAUAUCCUUGACCUUUUCUGAGGUUUAG